GCCAUCCCCCACCUACAUCCUCCAGGUUGAGUAGGUACCUGCAUGCCAUGAUAACCUAUACAGGUACACUUCAGCUUCACCUUCCCGAUGCGUCUUCAUAGUCAACAUGACCACCUCCGACACGCCAAGAGAUAUCUGAUCACACGUACUAUCCUACCUCGGUAGGUACAAUACCUACCACCGUACUGACCACUUGAACUCACUAGAUGCUACUACUUUUCGCGGCACCACUGGGAGAUCACCUGAUCCAUGGCAUCAGCAAUGAAUCGAUGAAUACAGCAAGCCCUGGAGGCAUGGAGUGCGUGUCGGAGCAGGACAGGAAGAAGAUUCUCGAACCUUCCGCUACCUCCUACCGAUCCCAUCAGUGCUGCCCUGAGGUCCAGUGACCUUCUGCCGGCGGACCGUCGGGCCUGGUCGGUAUGCCGAGUGGAACAUGACAUGCACACCUGAGCUGCACUGUGCUGGCCCUGCUUCGAGGGACUGUCUGAGGCCACAUCGUCUGCAAGCCUUCGUCUUUACCGCAGCCCGGGCGUUCACAUGCUCGCCCUCGUGCGCCGCUCGCUUGCCAUCGGCCCCUCCAUCACUCACUCUUCCGCCAAGCGCUCGGAUUGCAACGAGUCAUGUUCAAGGAGUACCCUUAAUCCACGAGCAAGAAGACUUUGGAGUCAGCUCCAUCCCCCGGACACAGCAUCAUCUGGAGCAGGACUGGGGACACUGGUCUGGUGACCUGUGAGGAAUCUCGCACUUCCAGUAUACCUUCGACACUCUCGGGCCUAUCUCGACUCUUGGGCCCCCUCGACAAUUCGUACGCAGGCCGCAUGCCGAUAGACGACACGAACCACUACGCCUUGAAUCCUUUGGCGUACGUUCCCGAAAUGGGGAUGCGGAGCCUGAUCGACCACAAUCGAACUGCCAUUACUGGUCGUAUGAAAUCUACCUCAAGUCAGCCGAUUCCGCGCCGCAAUGUACACACCUCCGUUUGCGCGUACGUGUGCAAACACAAAUACCCUAUGUUGGGGUGUGUGUUACCAGUAUCGGAUGUCUCAUAGGUCUUUGCCAACGUGCUGGAUCGACACUUUCAUCGAUAGCCGCAGAUUUCGUCGGCCUACUCGGUUGUUUGUUGCGACUGUGAGAGGAGCACUGCGCGAACGAGUUGGACGGCACUAUUCAAGGGCAAGGGCAGAUUGUGAGAGAGUGUCCUCUGGAGUCCAAAGUGUUGCUGGAGUGUGUACAGUAGGAUGCAGGGGUGGGACAACGCCCUACUAUGGAGAUCUGGUCCUUACGUCUGGAUUCAAAACUCACGCUUGGCAAUUUGGCAUCUUGUCUAAAUUUGCUUUCCACUCCCACGGCUCCUUGCCAAGCACAGAACCCUGGUCAACCACGGAGCGCAUUCGGCUGAACUGUGGCAGAGCAGCCCACAUGAGCGCUGCCUCGUAAAACCUCGUUUUCACUUAUGCAUCUUAUGCAGUGUUGCGGCACCAAUCCACACUUCGGAACAUGUACACUCUGCACCGAUUCGAUCGCUCCGUCCUCAUGUUUCCGACUGCAGCAACUUGGCCAGCGAGACAGCCAACACAGUUCAGGAGAUGACAUCCCACUGUGACCUUUUCUCUGCACUUCCACUCGGUUGCGAGCCCGCCAAGUCAAGUCUGGCUGUAUCAUAGACUUCAUGCAAAGAAGGCUGCCGUCGCUUAAGCCAAAUGGGGCACACCGAUCAGUAGCGUCAAGGCUCCAUAUUUCUAACUGUGCUAGCCAACGUGCCAACCAACACCACGGGCUUUUGAACCCCUUGAAAUCACUGGCUCUCGGCGUGCUUCAGCGGUACGAUCUUGUCCACAUGCUCUACUGAGAGUGGGGAGCCCGAGUCGACUUCGAUGUCAUCUAUUCGAGACCCGCCCUUGCAGUGUGUUUGUUCUGGGGUCGGCCACGAAGUACUGAUCGCCAAAUCCCGUGUUUCUGGUGAUUGUGGAGACUCACGAACAGAUGACUCUUUGGCCGGAAUCGGAUCAGACUGAGAUGUUGCGACAAACAGGCAACAGCUUGGUCCAUCCUCAGCAGUCCUCGCAGCAUCCUGCCUCCGCGGGCCGUAGAUGACGCCCGCUCGGUCGGUGAGGGUAGAAGGGACGGGUUCUGACGUUCCAUUCCACGCCACGACUCGUUGUCGGUCGUCACAUUCUCUGGAUCUUGUAGCCGAGCAUUCGAAAUGCGGAGGGAUCCACUGUACUACUAUUGUCGUCCACUGCAGAUGCACCCAAGCCGAAUGUGCCGGGAACACACGCCCACGCUCAGGCCAACUAAAAGCCACAGCCUCGAUAGGCAUAUGUACAACGAGUUCAGGAAUUUGAAACGAACGAAGCCUGAUUCGCUGGUCGCUGAAUGCCACGCUUGAUUGCCAUUCACGCAUACUGCCUAGCUGUGACCUAGCACAUGUACCACCACAAGCGCAUCAUAGCAAUGGCGGAGCAACGUACCACUCGAAUCUCGUUGCCUCGAAUACGGUGCGGAGAGGGAGGUUCGGAACAUUCAUAAACAGAGGAGAGACUGCUCGCAUCCAGCGUCGUUCAUCACCUUUGCUCUCAAUUUCUAUCAGCUUCAACAUGUACACCAAAACUUUUUUCAUGCAUGUCACCUUCCCAGCUCUCGCCCUUGUCGGCUCGACUUUAGCAUUACCGCAGGCUACCAACGCGGUUGAUCCUUACGCCAACUGGCAGGCACCAGGACCAGAUGACUUUCGCGGGCCAUGUCCCAUGCUGAAUACCCUCGCCAACCACGGCUUCCUCCCCCGCGACGGUGGCGCCAAAAACGGCUUGACCAUGGAUGACAUGGUGAAGGCAAUGACCGAGGGUCUCAACUUCGACCCCCUGAUCGCACGAGGAGCCUGGACCGCUGGCCUCGUGGUCAACCCCAACAACACCGCAGACCGAUGGGAUCUCCAGCAACUUCGCGCUCACAACACUCUCGAACACGAUGCCAGCCUCAGUCGCGCUGAUGACUACUGGAAUGGCAAUGGCUGGGCGUUUGACCAGGCGACCUUUGACGAAACCAAAUCCUACUGGCCGGACCCCCUUUUGAACAAGACAACACUGGCUCGGGUCAAGAUUGCUCGUCAGGCUAAGUCCAAGUUCACGAACCCGGAAUACUUCUUCAACAUGAAGGCGGAGACUUUCAGUCUGGGAGAGGUUCUUUCGCUGGUUGCUUGGGGUGGUGACAAGGAGACUUUCACCGUGAGGAAGGACUUUAUAGAGUAUUGGUUUGAAAACGAACGAUUCCCCACACACUUGGGCUGGACCCGACCUGCCGAGAUGUUCACCGCGCAAGAUCAGAACGAUCUGGAACAUAUCAUUGCCGUCGAGUCGAGCCUUCGAACCGACUUUGAGCCGCUUUGAGCGCUGUCUUGUCUGUGGAUUGACAUGAUUGCAAAAUUUGAGCGUGCUUGGGCAACCACCCGGUGAAGUCAUUUGUUAUUGAUAGUAGGCGAUGGGGGGUCGUGCUGCCUUUCUUGCCAUUGCAAAGCAGCAGCUAGAAGAGGAAGAAAGGGGUUUCAUCGAGGAUAUUACAGUUUUUGGCAAAUGCACCCAUACCAAGCUCAGUGGACGAAACAGCGGGAAGCUCGUUCAAGGUUUUUUUCUCUUCGUUAUUGUUUUCUUGCAUCUAGCGGGAAGGACGUGUGUACGUAUGUACCUAGGAAUCUUUUCUUUUUCGGAUUGGUGUAUACAUAAAUACCUUGCAUACUUACCUUGGC